AUGGCUUCAGCAACAGGAAUACCGGAGCACCCGCUAGGGAACAACCACGAGGCAGGAGAGUCCGAGCCUCUGCUCGGCCAGCCGGGAGAUGCCCUCCAAAGGCCAGAAGAAUCAAUAUUCCACAAUCUCUACAGAGGUACCGGCUGGCUGGCUCAAGGCGGCGCCUUCCUGCUCGUCGCCCUCGUCUGGUCCUCCGUCUUCGAGCACCCACCGUUCAUCCCGCUCUUCAGCCCGCACCCGCUCCUCCAGAGCGUCGGCGUGCUUGUCCUGGCAGAGGCUAUCCUCAUACUCCAACCGACGUGGACUGCCGGCGAGAAGGUUCUCGGUGCCCGCGCCCACGCCUCGCUCAACCUCCUGUCCUUCGUUAUUUUCGCGGCCGGGGUGCUGAUUAUCGAGGCGAACAAGAUUAAGCAAGGCCCUGACAGCCAUUUCCAUUCCGUACAUGGCUACCUUGGCGUCCUCACCAGCGUGGUCCUCCUGGUGCAAUACGUAUUCGGGUUCCUGAUGUGGGGAGUUCCGGGCGUGUUUGGUGGAAUCAACAAUGCGAAGGCGCUGUGGAAGUAUCACCGCAUCAGCGGCUACCUCCUGUUCCUUCUCAUACUGGCCACCGUCAUCAGUGCCGUAUGGACCGAUUUCAAUGUCAACGUGCUCAACAUCAAACUGUGGGCGGUCCUGGUCGCCAUGGCGCUGAUCGUCCUCGGGGUUUACCCCAGGCUUCAUCCCAGGAAGCUUGGGUUCAACAUCGGUCGCCACUGA